AUGUCUCUUAUUGAUGGCGAUGAGUCUUUUCCUUAUCCCACAACAAUUUCGAGGUCAGAAUUUCAAGAAUUUAACGACCAUAAUAUUGAUGACUUUCUAUAUGAGCAUCAUCGCUUUUCAUCAAUAGACUCUUUAAUACGAGAACUAGAAGAGCUAUCUCAUGGGCUAAAUAAAGAGCUCUUGGAUCUUGUAAAUAAUGAGUACUCGGGAUUUAUUGAAUUGGGGAAGUCUAUUAACGGUGGUUUGGAACUUAUCAACUCGAUUAAGGUUGACUUGAAUAAUUUCCGUAAUGAUUUAGUCUCAGCGAAUGAAACUCUCAAACAUUCGGUAGAUGCGGUUGAUACUGGACUACAAAAACGGAGAUAUUUAACGAAAUUUAAGCUUUUGCUAAACUUAUCAAUUCUGGUAAACGACCAAAUAACAAGUUUCGAAAGUUUAUUACAAUUCAAUUGUUCCAGUUUGAAGUCAAUGGUUUCGUUAUACUUAUCAAUUUUAAAGCAGUUUGAAUUUAUAAAAGAAGAGUUGCCGGACAACACCUUUAUUAAACAUUUGAACACUAGAGUUUCUUCGAUCAAACUAGAGCUAAGGUCAUUCCUCGAUGAUCGUUUGAUGACACUAAAUCAAAACAGAAAUGAAAAGAAGGUAGAAAUAUUUCAAUUGCAAACUAUUUACGAUGUCCUUGGUGCUAGGUCUGAAUUUUUGUCUAUUUUAAAAGAUAAAAAAAUAUAA